CGCUCUUAUUUGCGUCACUGCCUCAUUCUGCGCUUGGAUAUCAUUUCGAAUAUAACAAAAUAAUUCUUUGCUUAUGAAAAGAAUAAGAUCUGAUUUAUUUAUUUUCUACAAGUAACAUAAUACACAAUGGACCACACUUUACCAGAAGACGCGUGGAAAGAUUCUUUUGACAGAUUGUUAGAUCCCAUACCAAAACUACGAGAACUGAACGUAAUUAAGAAGAAAGUUCGAUUAUCAUUUAAUAUGGACUCUAGUGUUGAAAACUCCAAUCCAAACGUGUUGAACAUCAACGACUGUUCCUUGCCAAACGUAAGAAAUAAUCUUACGGCUGCUGGUGAUAAACUAAACAUAAAAAACUCUAUCUCAACUCCUUGUGCGAAAAAUCUAUCUGUAAAUAUCUUUCAUUGUGCGUUGUCACCGAUAAUUGGUAUGAAACUAGAUGGAUUACUACCUACCGAAGAUCAUAGAGCGGAUAUCAUUGAUCGAGAAAAACUGGACCAACCCAGGGGGGGAAAGCAAGUUUGUUUUAAUGUGAAUACAAUCGAUUCUGAAACGUCAAUGGAGUCUUCUUCAAUAUUGCAAUCUGUACACGCAUUAAAAGCACGGCGAGCAUCUAACAAACAGGCUCGAUCUUCACUUGUUCUGCUGCCGGGGAAAUGGCGCAAGUCUUUACAUACCUGGCAACGCACAACGCAAAAUAUAUCUGGUCGCAAAAGUUCAAAUCUAUGCGUUGAACCGAGAGAUAUAACUUUGAAAAAUUUGAGAGCUGUUCCGAGAAACUCACGAAAAUCGCUGCAUACAAAUCGUAAUUCGGAACAUGAUCUUGAAAUAAACUUCGAAGCAGAAGUGCUUAAGUAUUGUGGUCAAUCGAGUCCACUUAAAUUUAGUACAGCUUAUACUGCUACGAAAAUGUUGGACGCUUGCAAGAUUGGCGAGGGAGUUUACGGAGAAGUAUUUAAGUAUACGCCAAAAAAUAAAACGAAAAUGAACUUAGUUUUAAAAGUACUUCCGAUCGAGGGUACAGCUUUGGUUAAUGAGGAAGUACAAAAGACUUAUGAACAAAUAUUGCCUGAAAUUAUAAUUUCUAGAGAAAUGAGCGCACUACGAAUAAAUGAAACUAACUCAACUAGCGGAUUUGUAGAUAUAUACAACGUCAGCUUGGUCAAAGGAAAAUACCCAAAGCAUUUAAUAGGUCUCUGGGAAGAUUAUGAUGAGGAAAAAGAGUCUGAAAAUGAUAAUCCUACGAUGUUUACUGAUAGCCAACUCUUUAUUGUUUUGGAGCUGAAGUUUGCUGGCACAGACAUGUCAAAGUUUGUUUUCUUAAACGCCGAACAGGCUUAUUUUGCACUGCAGCAGGUUGUAUUAACCCUAGCAGUUGGAGAAGAGGCCUUUCAAUUCGAGCAUAGAGACUUACAUUGGGGCAACAUACUCAUUGAGAAAACAAAAAAAAAGUUUAUUGAUUUUAAACUUCGCGGAAAACAGUUAUCGGUGGAAACAAAAGGGAUUCAAAUAACCAUUAUUGAUUACACAUUAUCACGAAUAACUGUUUCCGAAUGCUGCCACUAUAAUGACCUCUCCCAAGAUGACGAUUUGUUUGUGGCCACAGGAGAUUACCAGUAUGAGGUAUACCGCAUGAUGCGAGAGGAACUAAAAAACAAUUGGUCCUCGUACUCGCCAAAAACCAAUGUACAAUGGUUAUCGUAUAUUAACUCUAAACUAAUAAAUGGCGUUAACUAUAAAAGUAUUACUACAAAGGCACAUAAAAACUAUUUCGAAAAACUUAAAGACUUCAACAAAAUUAUCCUCAAUUUUGCCAGUGCAGUAGAAUGCGGACAAUACCUACACAGCAUAAAUUAGGCAUAAAAAUGCUUGUUUCAGGCUCAUUGUAUUUU